UUAUAUAUUUUCGUUUCUCAGCAUCGAAAGCCCCUCAAAAAAGUUCCCAACCCUAGCUUACUAGAUACGUAGUCACCGUCUUGUUCUAAGCCUCUCUGAAGCCAUUGAACCCUAAAUAUCUCCCCAUCCGCAUCCAUCUCAGGUCUCAGGUCUCAGGUCUCAGGUCUCAGAUCUCUCAUCUUUAAGCAAUGGGUUCCAGGAAGUCCGAUAAUUCUCACUUCGGAGAUGGUGCAAGUCCUGGUAAAAUUUUCAUUGGAGGGUUAGCUAAAGAUACAACCCUAGAUACGUUUGUAAAGUACUUUGGGAAGUAUGGUGAGAUAAUUGAUUCGGUCAUUAUGAAAGAUCGGCACACUGGUCGGCCCAGGGGUUUCGGGUUUAUCACCUAUGCCGAACCCUCUGUUGUUGACACUGUUAUUGCAGAAACCCAUGUCAUUAAUGGCAAACAAGUUGAGAUCAAAAGAACCAUUCCCAAAGGUGCUGCUGAAUCCAAGGAUUUCAAGACAAAAAAGAUCUUUGUUGGUGGGAUUCCAACAUCUGUCACUGAAGAUGAGUUGAAGAAUUUCUUCUCAAAGUAUGGGAAGGUGGUGGAACAUGAGAUUAUACGAGACCAUGUCACUGAACGGUCUCGUGGCUUUGGAUUUAUUGUAUUUGACAGCGAACAAGUGGUUGACAGUAUUAUAGCCAAUGGGAAUAUGAUUGAUAUGGCUGGUACACAGGUUGAGGUCAAGAAGGCUGAACCAAAGAAACCCUCAAAACCAGCACCUGCUCCUGCGCACGGUAGUAACUCUAGGGGGCGCUCAUAUGGUGAUGAUUUUGGUGGAUUUGGCAACUCCUAUAGCGGUUUUGGCAGUGGCAGUUUUGGCCCUGCUUCUUAUAGGUCACUUGGAGGUCUUGGUGGUAGGCUUGGUGAUUAUGGUGGGUAUGGUGGUGGUGCCAGUGAAUUUGGUGGUCGUUAUGGUGACUUUGGUGGCAGUGAAUUCGGUGGUUACCGGGGAGAUCCCUCACUUGGCUAUUCUAGUCGCUUUGGUUCCUAUGCUGGAGGUUUUGGUGGGGGAUAUGGUGGGAGUGGGUUAGGUGCAUAUGGCCGUGGAGGUGGAGGCUAUGGAAGUUACUCUGGGGCUGGCUCUGGUGCUGGUUACGAUUCUGGCCCUGGUGCUGGUUAUGGUGGGGCAGGGCCAUUGUAUGGAAGUAGGGCAGGUUAUGGCAGUGGUAGUCGUUACAAUCCAUAUGCGAGGUAGAAAUCUGUCAGAGGUUUUCCCAUAGGGAGUUGCACACAGGCUUUCUGAUUUUCAGUUCGUAUUGCAUCUUGUGGUCUGAGUUCAGUAGUCAUUUAAAGGACAUCUUGGGAGGGGGAUCAGAAGAAUCAUUAGUUUGUCUUCUCACUUUGGAACAGAACCAGAUUUAGAUCAUUAUCAGUUAUGAAUUAUAUGCUUUUGAUUAUUUGUUUUAGCUAGACAACUAUCUUGUUAUGAAAUAUGAACUAGUUAGAAUCAAUUGUUUCGGAGUUGUGACUUUGUUGUCUAGGAGAUUAUUCUAGAUGCUUGUGCACACAAUCUAGAUCUAUACACUUAUUGCGUGUGGCAAACCAAUGAUAAUCUUGAAUUCCUUA